CAACUCGAGAGUUAGAAGGCAUACGAUUUUCUUGCCUCUUUUGUCUAUUUUCAGUUAGUUGAAAACUAUUGUGUUAGCCAGCUAUUUUGUUUGUAUUUUUGGAAAUAAUAAUAAUUAUAAUUUCGUUACAAACAAAACGAGCUACGGACACGGCCUGUGGGAUUCAACUUCUGGCAGUGGACAAAGCUAAAGGCUCUCAAGCUAAUCAAACCUCUACACAUACCACCUAAACCUGCUCCCUGCGACACUGACCUGCUUCACCUAAUGAGCUACCAAUUACUACAAAUUAGGCGAGAGAGAGGACGCUCAUCUCAACAGGUCGGUGGGAUUGGGAUGCAGCAUGGCGCUCAAGCCCUUUAGGUGGACUUGCUGGGGUGUUUCGGAUCGUUGUCCUGCUGCAGAACCCAAGUUGGUUUCAGCUUGAGGUCACCAACAGAGGGCCGGACAUCACAGAAAGUCUGCCAGGUCCAGAAGCAGAAAAACAGUCCCAGACCAUCACACUACCACCACCAUAUUUUACUGUCGGGCCCCUCAGCAGCGAAGGCCCUCCAGUCCUGAUGGCUUCCAUUGCUCUCCUUCUCCUUCACACUUCAGUCAGGAGUCAGGAAUUUGGACCAGGGAGAACGAUACGUCCUAAAAGGAUUGGAAAGGCAACAAAUAUGGAAUUGCUGGCAUGUUCCUAACCUGCACCCGGGCCUCGGACAGCCCCAGCCUCUGGCUCAGCUCCUCCCGCAUGAAGGCGUCCGGGUAGUGGGUCUCGUCGAAGAGCCUCUCCAGCUCGUUGAGCUGCUCCAGGGUGAAGGGUGUGGCUUACUGAUACGUGGAAAUGACAAGACUGGAGCCCACGGAUGAGGACUUCUGACUCACUUCAUCACUAAAAUCACAGUCAGCUGACAGCCAACCAGCAUGGGUCGCCACACAUCCAGCAGUGACGAGGAAAGCAGGAGCAGAAAGAAACGGAAACAACGUCGCCGUUCAUCGUCCUCUUCAUCGUCGUCAUCCUCCGGAAGCAGGGUGACAAGCAGCAGGAGCCACAGGUCCAACCGCCGGAGCCGAUCACGGUCCAGGGACAGGAGACGGAAGAGACGCUCCAGCAGCAGCUCGUCUCACAGUUCAUCUCGCAGGAGGAGGAGUCGUAGCGGCGACAAGGGGAGGAGCCGCCGCUCGCACAGGUCACGCAGCCGAGACAGACGGUCCCACUCUCGCCACCGGCGUUCCCGCAGCCGGAGCCACGGCCGCCGUAGGAGCCGCAGCAGAGAGCGGAGCAAUCGCAGCCGACACAAGGGCCGCGACCGGGACAAAGACAAGGAUAGGGACAAGGGACGGGACCGAGGCGGCGAGAGGAGCAAGGACAAGUCUGAGAAAAAGGGGGACGCCGGACUCAUGAAAGCGAGAUUAGAACAUUUGACGCCGGCAGAGCAGGCUAAAGUUCGAAUGCAGAUGGUCCUCCAGGCUGCAGCCAAGACAGAUGAAGUUCUCAAGGCCAAACUAGGCAAGCUAGAGGAAGAGGCCCGAAGAAAGUUGGAAACUGAUGGAAGUUCUCUGGAGGACCAAGUGCGAAGGAUAAAGGACAUCGAGGCCAUCGAGAGCGACUCCUUUGUUCAGCAGGCUUUCAAAUCAUCCCGGGACGGUAUCAAGACGGAGCCCGUGGUGAAGCAGGAGUCGGACCGCUCGGACCCUGUGGACGUCCACCUUUCCACAUCCAUCGUCUACAACGACACCGAUACUCUGGCUCAUCCUGCCCUGUUCAUGGACAAAGACAAAGCCGAGGAGCUGUGGCUCAACAGACUGCGGUCCCUACGCCAGGAGAGACUCAUGGGAAGUCCUGUGUCCUAACAUUGAAGCUGCAUUUCCUUCAUUUCCUUCUGCUGUUAAAUGAUGGUCACAUAGGAAUUGAUCAUGUUUGUUGUGUUUAUCUCUUCUUAGAGCACCUUUAAUAAAGUUGUCUUCUGCUUGCA